AUGGUCGCAGAGAUUUCCAAGAAAGAAAAUCUCCGAUGGAUAAGUUUAGUAGCACUUGUUGUACAAAAUACAAGUCUUGUACUUCUAUUACGUUAUUCAAGGACGAUGAAGGCUGAAAGAUAUUUAUCGUCGACGGCCAUUGUUACUGCUGAAUUUAUUAAAGGAUUGAUUUGUGUUAUUCUUGUUUGGCUAGAGAAUGAUCGUUCAGUUAGUCGAUUACUACGAGUACUCCACGAAGAAAUUUAUGCCAAACCUUUUGAUACUUCUAAAUUAGCAAUACCAAGUGGAUUAUAUGCAGUUCAAAAUAAUCUUUUAUUUGUUGCAUUAUCUUAUCUAAAUGCGGCUACAUAUCAAGUAUCAUAUCAAUUAAAAAUUUUAACUACAGCUAUAUUUUCAGUAUUGAUUAUGGGGAAAAAAGUCGAAAGACAUCAAUGGUUUUCGUUAUUUUUACUUGCUAUUGGUGUAGCAUUCGUGACAUGGCCAUCAUCGGAAGAAACAACUAAACGUAUAACAACACAAAUUCAAGCUACAUGGUUACAGCAAGCUAUUGGCUUUGGUGCGGUUAUAUUGGCUUCUGUGACAUCCGGUUUUUCGGGUGUUUAUUUUGAAAAAAUUCUCAAAACUGGAUCAACAUCAGUUUGGGUUAGAAAUAUUCAAUUAGCUUGUUUUGGUUCACUUUUCGGUUUGGCGAUAGUAUUUUGUGUCGACUAUAAACCUGUAAUGGAAAAAGGUUUCUUCCAAGGAUAUUCAGCAAUCGUCUGGAUUGUUAUUGUCCUCCAAGCAAUGGGUGGUUUAAUUAUUGCUACUGUAAUUAAAUAUGCUGAUAAUAUUAUUAAAGGUUUUGCAACAUCGCUUUCAAUCAUAUUUUCAUCUGUUAUUUCUUACUUUUUCUUACAUGAUUUUUCACCGUCCUUAUUCUUCUAUACCGGAACAGUAUUCGUCUUAUCGGCGACAUUUCUCUAUGGGUGGGAGCGAAAAAUGACAUCGUCAUCAGUAGCUGACCAAUCACGAAUUUGA